AUGCCCUCCCCGGUGGCCGUCAGCGUCCACGUGGAGGCGCCCGGGUCCUGGUCGCCGCGGGCCGCGGCGGCCUGGCACCUGGCGCACCUCUGGCGGCAGGUGCGGCGCGUCGACGCCGGCGGCGACGACGCGCCCCUGACCCACCCGGCCCCACGCCGCGUCGUGUGCGCGGCGAACGCGCGCGAGGACGCGGCGCUGCUGGCGCCGCCGAGCGCCGUCUGGUUCGCGCCGCGGCGCCACGCCGUCGUCUUGGCGCUCGACGCGUCCAUGUACGCCCGCACGGCGCGCGUGGGCGCGGUGCCGCUGUCCGCGGCGCCCAAGGCGCUCGGCGCCAUCCUCGGCGCCCUCGCGGCGCCCGAGGCCGCGGCGCCCCUCGCCGGCGUCGACGUGGAGCUCCAGAUCGUCGUCGCGUUCGACGACAGCGACGAGUUCGAGGCGGAAGAUUUUCAAUCUUCCGACGUCGUCUGGCGCGCCGCGGGCCGCUGCGUCGUGCGCAGCGGCGAGGACACGGCAAACGCCGAGAAGACGGUGGCGGACGCCGUGCGCGCCGCGGAGUCGCGGCUCGCGCGGCGCGCGUUCGCGCAGUUUGGCCGCGCGCGUUGCGACCGGCGCGGCGGGCCCCCGCAAGCCCCCCGGAGCUCCCUCGAGCGCUGCGCCGCCGCGGGUUUGUUCGCCCUGCGCUUCGCGAGCGACAAUCGGGCCCGGAGCGUCGUCGUGGCGACGGACGGCAACGGCGUCGGCGCGCCGGCCGUCUGCGGCUUGCUGGGAGCGGCGGGCGUCGUCGCGGACUGCCGCCGGUCGGGCUGCCGGCUCCACGUGCUCGACUACGGCGGCGGCCUCAGCGCGGGCGCCGGCGAGGCGAACCGAAAUUCGCGGGAGCCGUCGCCGGACGGCGUCGACGACCCCGUCGUCCAGGCGCUCGGCGCCGGCGACGACGACGACGACGACGCGGACGACUCCUGCUUCGGCCUCGCGCCGGACUGGGCGUCCGUGGCCCUCGUCUGCGAGCGCGCGGGCGGGUCGCUCCUGGGCUUCGACGCCCGGGGCGACCUCGCCGCGUUCCGCGCGGCGCGCGGCGCGAACGGCGACGUCCGCGUCCGCGCGUCGCGCGACCGCGAGCCCGUGGGCGCCCAGCUCCUCUGGCGGCGGAGUCCCCUGUCGGCGCCGCCGGAGGCGCCGUCGCCCAUCCACCGGCCCCUCUUCCUCGAGGAGAGCCCCGGCGAGCGGACGCUGGCGCUCGAGGCGCCCGCGCGGAGCCCGCGGGGCGCGCUCGCGGGCGGCGACGCGUCGAGCGACGUCUACCGCGAGCAGCUCGCGGCCUACCCGCUGCCCAACGUCGAGCUGCGGGACCUGGCGAGCCUGCGGGCGACGGGCGCGCUCGACCUGCGCGUCGUCCGCUUCGCGAUGCCCGCGCCGCGGCAGCGCUUCGCGUCCACGCGCGACCCCAUCGUUUUAGCCUGGGAGCUGCCCAAGUUCGACGACACGACGCUGCGCUACACGGUGGAGCUGCGGCCGCCGGGCCACGGCGAUCUGGUCGCGGAGGCGCGGCGCCGGUCCGGCGCGCCGUCGGACGGCAACGUCGUGCAGGGCGCGCCGGCGAAGCUCCCGCCGCCGACGGAUCUGGCCGCCGCGGCGCUCACGGCGCGGGGCGCGGCGCUCCAGGCGCGCAUCGAGGUCGUCGGGCCCGCGGACGUCGUCCGCGCGCUGCGAGACCUGCCGCCGCUCGACAACCUGGGAGUGACCGCGGGCGCGCCGACGACGCCGAACGGGCGCGCCGGGCGGUCCUCCGGCGUUUCGCCGACCUCGGCCUGCAACGGCUGGCCCCGCGACUUCGACCGCGAGGCCGUGGACGAGCCCGAGCGGCGGGGGCGCGCGGCGCGCUUCGAGGACGAGGACGAGGCGCGGCGCGCGCGGCGGCGGACCUUCGGCGAGACGGGCGAGGGGCUGCUCGAGGAGUCGGACCGGAGCCGGACGCGGUCGCCGUCGGGGUCCCGCGUCUCCGGCGCGUCCAGCGACGACGACGCGCUCCUGCGGUGGGACCGCGGCGGAAGGCGCGACGCGCCCAAGGCGCGGCGCCUCCGGGACCUCGCGGCCGCGCUGCUCCGCCAGGACGGCGCGCUCGUGGCCAUGGCCGCGGCGUCGUUGCCGGGGUUGUCGACGCCGCUGGCGAAGGUCGCGAAGUCGUCGCCCAAGGGGUCGUCGCGGCCGCCCGUCGGCUCGUUCUUAGACGAGACCGUCGAGCUCGGCGACAUCUCCGAGGACCCGCGCGAGGACAAGUCGUCGAGCGGCUCCCUGGCCAAGGAGUCGACGUCGCCGCCCGCGCAGACGCCCCGGCACCGCAAGAAGGCGCCGACGAAGGACGCGCUCGAGCGCCUCGCGUGCUCGCUGCCGGCGUCGGAGCGCGGCGCCUACGGCGACGUCGCGGCCUUCGAGCUGUCGCUCGCGGGCGGCGGCGACGACGCGGCGGCGCGGAGCCGGCGCGUCGCCGACGCCGCGAGCCGCUGGGGCCGCCAGUGCGCCGGGUUCCCGGGCCACUACGCGCGGCGGCGGCCCGCGGCGCCGCCGCCGCCGCCGCCGCGCGGCGUCGCGGUCGUGCCCGCGGACGACGGCGCGCCGCUGCUCUGCGUGGCGGCGCUCCGCUGGGUCGGGAGCCGCGUGCUCGGCGUGAGCCUGCUGUGCCUCGGCGGCCGGGGGGCGGCGGCCGGCGGCCUCGCCGCGGACCUCCGGGACCGGCUCCUAAGGGCCGCGGGCGGCGACGCGCCGGUCGGCGCCGCGGCGCGCGCGGGCCGCUGCCUCAUCCGCGCGCGGGACCCCCGCGACUUCUGGGCCGACGUCGUCGGCGACGCGCCGGCGGCGGGCGACGACGGGCGGACGCAGCGCUGGCUCCGGAGCUCGCUCGCGCGGCUCCGCGACUCGUACGACGGCGGCGCGCUCGACGGCGCCGGCGCGUUCUCCGCGCUGCUCGGGGCGCGGCGGCGCCUGGGCUUCCGCGUCGCCGACGAGUGCCGCGCGCCCGGGUUCUUCGGGGCGUCGCUCGUCGCGGCGCUCGGCGACCUCGACGCGGCGCGCGACGACGACGACGCGGUCGUGCAGGCGCUCGUCGCGGUCGACGCGUCGCGCCACCGCGUCCGCGUGGAAUUGUGGUGCGACGCGGGGCCGCGGUCGUCGCCCGCCGUCGCCGCGUGCCACGCGGCGCGACGGACGCUGCGAGACCUCGACGCGCGGAGUUUGGCCGCGCUCCGGUGCCUCGCCGCGCUCGAGCGGGGCGACGUCGCGACGCGCGGCGACGCGGCGACGCUCGCGUCCUUCGCGCCGACGUCGCGGACGCUGGACCUGCCGACCCUGGGGCCGCUCGUCGUGGCGCCGCCGCCGGCGAGCCCCGAGGCGUCGGACGGCGACGCGGGCGUCGAGGACGAGGCCGCGGCGAAAUCCGCGAUCCUCCGGCGCGUCGCGGCCGCGGGCGUCCGCGCGCGCGUCGUCCAGGCGCUCGACGACUGCUGCGGCGCGUGCGCGUUGGACGGCACGGAGGACGACGGGCUCGCGUGGUGCGCCGUCGAGGACGGCGUGGCCAUGGUCGCGGCGCUGUCGUCGACGGAAAGGGGGGAGGAGCUGACCUUCGCCGAGGUCGACGCGCGCGCCGUCGCGGACCACUUCGCCGCGGCGGCCGCGACCGGCUCCUCGGACCUCUCCCCGGCCUUCGCGCGCAUCGCCCAGGCGGCGGCGGACGCGCACGCGGGCGAGUUCAGCAGCCGCGUGCUCGGUCUGCUGAGGGAGCGGCCGGACCUGGCGACGGCGCGCGAGGUCCGGGACGCGCUGGACUGGUGCGACUGGACCGGCGGCCGGCGCGCGAACGCGGCCCUCGCGGGCGAGCGGGCCCUGGCGCGGGCCGACGCGCUCGCGGCCGCGGCCGCGGGCUGCUGGGACCGCGCGGGCUUUCUGCGCUUGGGCGCGCUGACGGGCGGCGACGGCGACUCGUACGCGUUCGUCGGCCCGCGGCGCGGCGAGGACCCGCUGAGCGAGGGCGAGGACGGGCGCACGACGCCCCAGGUCGGCGACGAGCCCUACACGCCGCCGCCGUCCGUCGGGCGGUUGUCGCGCGCGUCGUCGUUCGAGACCGUCGAGGGCGCGCUCAAGUCCGCGGCCAAAGCCCCCGCCACGAUCCCCGCGAGCGGCGGGCGGCUGAGCCGCACGAACUCGGGCGAGCGGCUGCCCGACGACGACGAGGCCUGCGGCGGCUUCUUCGCGCGGCGAAACGGCGACGAGAUCUCCGUGGGCCUCCCGCGGGCCGCGCGCGGCCGCGGCCGCCCGAAGCUCGUCGACGCGGCGCUCGACGACCUGGGCUGCCGCCUCGACGCCGCCGUCGCCGCGCUGAGCCUCGCGUGCAAGCUCGCGCGGCCGCGGGAGCCCCUCGCGGCGCCCGCGUUGGGCGUCGCGGAGGCGCUGCGGUGCCUCGGCGCCGCGGCGCGGAAAGGCGUCGACGCGCCGAAGGACGCCGCGCGGCUCGCGUGCGAGGGCGUCGAGUGCAAGAUCGACAUCGUCGCCUACGGCGGCGACGACGCGGGCGUCGCGGGCAAGCGCAUGCCGCCGAAUCUCGAGACCUUCUUCGCGGCGGCGCUCUGCGAGCGGUCGGCGUGGGCCGCGGACGACGCGAAGCCCGCGCCGAGCCGCGGCGCGACGAACGAGGCCUUCGCUCGCGUGGAAAGGUCCCUCAAGCGCAUCGCCUUCCGGCGCGCGGGCGACGCCUACGUGGCCGUGGACGCGCGCGACGAGAAGCGGCCGCCCGAGGGCUACUUCGCGUCCGUCCGCGUCGACGAGUGCCAGAUCCACUACAGCGCGCGCCAGGCCGACGUCGUCGCCGUGCCCCAGCGGCGCUACGGCCGCGCGGCCUACGCGCGCGGCGGCGCGGGCACCUACGCCAUGGGCCGGCGGACGACGCUCGGCGCGGCGGCCGCCGCCGCGCCGCCCGCGCCGGGCGCGGCGCCCGGCGCGCCGCUGUCGCCGCCGCCGCGCCACCCGGCGACGCGCGCGCGCCAGCUGCCGCCGCGCGGGCCCCCGGAGGCGCCGGAGCACAGGCCCGCGGCGACGCACUGCGCCGUCGCCGCGGGCCUGACGACGACGAUCAGCGUCGCGCGGCUCCGGGGCAAGACCGCGGACGACGAGGCCAAGGACCGCGAGGCCGUCGCGCGCGCGCUGCGCUGCGCGCUGAGCCGCGCGUCCCGCGUCGCGAGCCAGCUGCGGCUGUUGGGCGCCGUCGUCGCCACGCGCCUCGCGCACGAGCUCCUCGUGCCCGCGGGCGGCGACGGCGCCGCGGACGUCGACGUGUCGCCGUUCUCCUGCGAUUUACUGGACAGCGCGCCCGUGCGGCCCUUCCGGGCGCGGUCCUGGUUCGCGUCCGCCGCGGAUGCGCUGGCCCACCUCGAGCGGGCCUUUGCCGAGGGCCAGUGCGCCAAGGCGGCGAACGCGGUGACGAACCGGACGCGCGUCUACGCUUCCCCCAAAGCGCCCGCGACGCCUCCCGACGGCGCGGCGGUCGUCGGCGGGAGCGAAUGCUACGCGAGGCUCUGGGCGAACCCGGCGGGCGUCGUGGAGCUGCGGCUGUUCGGGGCGCGGCCCUUCUCCGACGCCGCGGUCGCGGCGUUAAAGUUAAAGUGCGCGUUCGUCGCGGACGUCGACGACUGCGCGCGCCGCGCGUUCACGGCGGACUUCUUCGCCGGCGACCCGGAGGCGCGCGCGCCCCUGGAUGUGGACGGCGACGAUCUCGCGCUCCUGCUCGCGGAGCGGCCGACGCGGGCGGCGGUGGCCGUCGACGUGCGCGCGGCGCUCGACGCGGAGGCGCGCGACGGCUGUUGCGCGGCCGUCGUCGCCGCGUGUUGUCGCCGCGCGGCGUCGGGCGCCUUCGACGACGUCCACUUUUCCUCGCGGCCGGGCCGCUGCGACGCGGGCGCCUGGGCCGACGCGCUGGGCGCGCCGCCGGGCGGCGUCCAGGUCGUCCUCGCGACGACGUACCGCAGCGGCGACCCGGGGUUUCGGGUCGGCCUCGCGGACCUGCGGUUGGCGGGGGGCGAGGUCGCCUGCGCCUGCGUCCUCGUGGGCGUCGACGACGACGGCGCCGUGGAACGCCUCAAGACCUGGCUGACGCGCGCGGCGCUCCGCGGCGCGGCGGCCGCGCGCGUCGAGAUCGCGCUGCGAAGGCUGCUGAAGCGGCGCGAGGCGGCCGGCGGCGCGUCGCCGUUGGACGUUGAACGCCUGGGCGACGCCCUCGACGCGGCGGCGAAGGCCGAGGCCGUCGACGCCGCGGCGCUCGCGAGCAAAGACGCCGUCCCGCCCUGGAGCCUGUGCCGCCUCGCGAAGGGCGCCGCGCGCGCGUUCGCCAAAGCCGGCGCGGCGGCCGACGUCGUGCCGCCGCGGGGCGGGUCCCAGACCUGGCGCGUCUUCGGCGCCAUGGCCGGCGGCGGCUGCCUGCUCGCGACGCUGCGGGCGGACCGGCGGAGUUUGCGGGCCUACGGCGCGCCCGCGCGCGCCGUCGCGGCCGUCGCGGCCGCGCUCGGCGACGGCGCCGCGCGGUGCCGCGCGCGGCAGCGGCGCCUGGAGCUGGCCGUCGCCCGCGCGGGGUCGAGCGCGCCCGACGGCGCCGAGCCGCCGCCGGAGCCCCUGCCGUCGACGGGCAAGAAGAAGCGGAGCCGGAAGAAGAACCGGAGGCCCGCGUCCGCGGAGCCCUUGGACCCGCGCGACUUCUUCCGGGGCGCGGGCCUGCCCUGGUGGCGCGGCGGCGACGGCGACCACGAGGGGGUGUUGGACGCGGCGAUCGACGACGCGUCGAGCGACGACGCCGCCUGCCGCGCCGUCGCGGCCUUUGGGCGGCGCGCGGCGCGACGAGGGCGCAGCAACUCGGACGACGUCCUCGCGUCCGCGGAGGCGACGGUGCUCCAGGUCGCGGCGCGGCUCCGGGGCGGCGCCGGGGGCCAGGGCACGCGGCGGUCCUCGGACGCGCGCUUCGACUGCGGCCCCGCGCGGCGCGACUCGUCGGACUCGUCGGAGGAGGGCGACGGCGAGGACCGGCGCGAGCUCGACCAGUCGUCGUCCGACGACGACGGGCCCGAGGACGUCGCCGUGGGCGAGGCCUACGCCUGCGCUUUAGCCUUCCGCUUCGCGGCCCUGGCCGAGUGGACGGCGCCGGGCGGCGACGUCGUCCUCGAGCGCGUGAACUCGGGCGCCGCGGGCGACGUGAUCCGCGACGACCGCACGGGCGGCACGCUGACGCUGGCCCUGUCCCUCGAGCGCUACGACGGCGACGACGACCUGUCCGACGGCGAGCGGGGGCGCCCCGCGUCGCUGCCGCGGCGGUCCCGGUCCAGGCCGAGCGGCGCCGCGCCGCUGCGGCUCGUCGCGCGCGCGCGCGCGGGCGACCUGUCGACGCGCGGCGGCGAGUACGCGACCGCGCGGACGCUCCUCGGCAAGACCAAAAUCGACUACGCGGCGCGGACCUUCGCGGCGCGCCUCGCCGUGGCCUCGGCGCGGCGGCGGCGGCUGCUACGACGGCGCGACGCGCGGACCUUACUCUUCGCGGACGUGCUGUGCCGUAAGGACGGCGAUCUGCUGACGGUGCGGCGCCUCACGGGGAGCGCCUUCGACGACUUCUCGCGGCGGCGGCGGCGCGCUCCGGAAACCCCCGGGGGGGACGACGACGAGGACCGCGAGCGGCGCCGCGCGAAGUCGCCCGCGGGCGACGGCGCGCUUCGGGUGUUGCCCGGCGCCGCGGGCGCCGCGGGCGCCGCGGUCGUCGGCGCGGCGGCGCUCGAGGACUCGAGCGACAGCGACGAGUUCGAGAGCAGUGACGACGACGAUCUGGCCCCGUCGAGCGGGUCGUCGGAGUCCGAGGAGAGCGACCGCGAGGACGCGUACCCGGGCGUCGCGGGCUGUGUCGCGGGCGGGCCCGGCGGCGUCCGCCUCGCGCGCGGCGGCGGCGCGCUCGUCGCCGUCGCCGAGCUGCGCAGCGAGGUCGUCGCCUACGGGCUCGGCCUCCCGGCGGCGGGGUCGCCCGAGGAGCGCGCCUUCUGGGACGCGUGCCGCGCGGUCACGGAGAAGGCGCGGCGAAAGGCCGAGGCGCGCAAGGCCGAGGACGAGCUGCGGACGCUGGCCCUGGACCGCCGGUCGCUGCGGCGCUACGGCGCCUACUACGCGCGGCGGCCGCUGGCGGCGUGGAACUCGCGCAUCGCGCUGCUCCUGCGCCGCGACGGCGCGCCCGACGGCGACUUGAGGGUCCCGUGGCGCGACGUCCUGGCGGCGGCGGCGCGCGACGGCAACCCCGUCGUCGAGCCCCGGGGCGGCGACCCGCACCGCGACGCCUGGGUCGUGCCCCUGGUGACGCGCGCGGACCGCGGCGGCGCGAGCCACUGCCUCGUGGCCGUGCACUGCCGCGCCGCGGGCAGCGACGGCGGCGGCCGCGCGUUAGGCGCGCGGCUCGACGUGCUCGCGCCGCGCCGCGGGCCGCCGCUGUCGCGCGCCGACGGCGCGACGAUCCGCGCCUUCGCGCGCGACGUCCACGCGGCCCUGCUCCUGCGCGUCGCCGCCGUCUGCCGCGACCCGCGCGGCUCGCGGUCGCGGCGCGCGGCCCGCGACGACGACGGCGACGACGCGGGCCGCGAGCCGUCCGCGCACAGCCUCCCCCAGCUGCUGAGCGUCUUCUCCCACUCGCCGCCCCAGCAGGACAAGCCGAGGCCGCGCCACGCGCGCAAGAACUCGCGCGGCUCCAACGUCGAAUCGCAGCAGGACAAGCCCCGGGGCCGCGGCGGCCGCAACCGCCCCGGCGGCCGCAAGCACAGCUCCCGCCAGCGGGGGCGCGACUCGUCCCCGCCGGCGGACGGCGGCGGCGGCGGCGGGUGCGUCGUGUCGUGAGAGACGGGUGCUUUAAAAGGGCGUGUUGUU